UGAUAGCUUAUCUUAUAUUAUUAGUAGGUACUUAACUGUUUAUUUUAAAGUCUAUACCUAUCACAUUCACAAUAAUGAAGCAAACAAUUAUCAUCAUAUCUACAAUUUUAUUUUUCAAUAUUUCGACUGUUUUUUCUACUUGUGCUCUGAAGGCAUGUCAAAAUGUAGAUCCAAAAAAAAUCAAUGUUCAUCUAAUUCCUCAUUCCCAUGAUGACGUAGGAUGGUUAAAAACUGUUGAGGAUUAUUUUUAUGGUGAACACAACGAUAUCCAAAAUAUUGGAGUACAAUAUGUAUUGGAUUCUAUUUUGCAAGCAUUAGAACAAGAUGAUAGUCGCAGAUAUAUCCAAGUUGAAACGGCAUAUUUUUGGAAAUGGUGGAACUUACAGUCUGAUGAUAAAAGACAACGAUUUAAGAAUUUUGUUGAAAAUGGAAGAAUUGAAAUGAUAGGUGGAGGGUGGUCAAUGAACGACGAAGCUUGUACUAGCUAUCAAUCAAUUAUUAACCAGUUUACGUGGGGUCUCAGAAUAUUGAAUGACACAUUAGGAGAGUGUGGGCGUCCUAAGAUCGGUUGGCAAAUAGAUCCAUUCGGACACAGUAGAGAACAGGCAUCUAUUUUCAAACAGAUGGGUUACGAUGCCGUUUUCUUCACUCGAUUGAGUACGGACGAGAGGAAUGCAAGAAAACUAACAAAAGAUUUAGAAUUCAUGUGGAACAGCAACGAUAACUUUGAAAGUAGUGAAAUUUUCACUAGUAUUAUGGAUAGUUACUAUGCUCCGAAUGAUUUUUGUUGGGAUUAUCUGCAAUGCUCUUCAGAUGCAAUAAAUGAUGAUCCAGAUAGCUUCGACUACAAUUUGGAUAAAAAGGUAGAGGAGUUUUCAGAAAAAAUUCUUAACUAUUCCUCUCAUUUCCGAACAAAUAAUAUUCUUUUUGCCAUGGGAGGCGAUUUUCAAUAUCAAGCAGCUGAAAUCAACUAUCUAAAUAUGGAUAAACUGAUAAAUGGUUUCAAAAAUAAUGAAAACUACAAUGUAUUCUAUUCAACUCCGUCUUGUUAUGUUCAAGCAGUAAAAUCACAAAAGCCAUCUCUGACUAGCAGUUCUGACGAUUUCUUUCCGUAUAACGAAAAUAACCACACCUAUUGGGCUGGUUAUUUUACAUCCAGAUCAACUUUGAAACGUUUCGAAAGAAUAGGAAAUAAUAUAUUGCAAGCUGCUCAACAAUUAAAUGCUUUUGCUAAGAUGAGUAAUAUCAUUACUGGAGAAGAAGCAGAAAAUAAUUUAAGAAGUCUACGAGAAACUGUUGGUACUAUGCAACAUCACGAUGCAAUUACUGGUACGGAAAAAGAAAGAGUAGCGAAAGAUUAUGCUCGGAUGUUGACAGAUGGUAUACAGCAAACUGAAUCAACUAUUGGUAACAUUUUGAGCAACCUAUUGAAAAUAAAUGAUUCUUCUGAUACUAUAAAUUUACCGUUCUCUACCUGCCUUUUAACAAAUAUAAGCGUUUGUGAUAACUCGAUGAAAGAUAAAGUGUUGAUAGCAAUUUACAAUCCUUUACCCAAAGAUGUAUAUUACAACUUAAGACUACCAGUUCAAAAUGGAAAUUACAAUUUUACUGGUGUAGAUGGUGAUGUGUCAUUUGAAUUGGUUGAUCAUAUGAAGUAUCCUGUCGAAUCACCAUAUCGAUCGAGUGAUGUAGAAUUAGUAGCUACUGAUCAAAUUCCCCCUAUGGGUAUAAAACUUUAUUAUCUCCAGAAAUUAGAUGACACUCCUUCUGCUAUUAAACAUGUACUCCAAACAGGAUUUAAUCCUAUAACAUUAGAAAAACAGAACUCAAAACUAACAUUCGAUCCAAAAACACGGAAGCAAUACAUAUCCGUAAACAAAAGAAGUGCAGAAGUUAAUCAAAAAUAUAUGUAUUACAACAGUCAUAAUGGAACAGCCGACAAUAUUACGUCUGGUGCAUAUGUAUUCAGACCGAUGACUGGAUCAGAAGCACAAAACGCUGAAGACAACAAUCACAGCGUCUACUAUCUUGAUAGCUCACAAAAUUCCGAAAUUAUAGAGAAAAUUAAUGAAUAUAUUAUUCAGACUAUUAGAUUAAGGAGUGAGGGUGAUUUAGAUUACAUCGAGUACGAUUGGAUGAUUGGACCGCUUGACAAUAAAACUGUUGAUACAAUUAACGGAAUAGGCAAAGAAGUAAUAGUGCGAUAUAGCUUAGGAUCUGAGAAUAUAAACGAUGUCGUUUUUUACACUGAUUCUAAUAGUCGACAAUUGGUCAAAAGAUACAGAAAUAACAUUAAGUAUAAUGAUACAUCUAAAGAGGCGGUCGCUUCAAAUUAUUAUCCAGUGACAUCAAUAAUUGCUUUAAAUGGAACUGGAUUAUCUUUGGUAAUAGAUAGAUCACAAGGUGGUACAAGUUUAAAAUCAAAUGAAAUUGAGCUUAUGCUUCAUCGAAGAACUUUAAAAGAUGAUCACAAAGGCGUUGAUGAGUCUCUUGAAGAAAUGGAGUUCGGUAACUAUAUAGUCACGCGAGGACAACAUUAUUUAAUUGCGUCAACUUCGAAUAAAAAAUAUCAAAGACUUCUUGCAUUGAAUAAAUUAACUCAACCAUGGGUGCUAGUUGCUGAUGCUACGGCUGACGAUAUGAAACUAGAAAAUCUAAAGAGUAAUAUCCAUUUCAAGUGGUCUAGAAUGAACGGCCUACCACUUAAUCUCAAUGUUUUAAAUUUUGAGCCAUGGAAAGAUGAUACAUUUUUAUUGAGAAUUGAACAUAUUUUCGAAAAAGACGAAGACGAAGAACUGUCAAAACCAGCUACAUUAGAACUAAAGUCUUUAUUUUCGCCGUAUGCCAUCUCCUCUAUCCAGGAACUUAAUCUUGGAGCAAACGAAUUUAUAGACGGUGAUAUUGAAGAUAAUAAUUAUAAAAUAACUUUACAGCCAAUGGAAAUCAGAACUUUUUUGGUUACCUUCGAAUAUUUUCUCUAUUAUGAUUAUGAUUAAUAAAUAAAGUAAAAUUCAUUUUGAAA